GACCACACCAACGAGGAAGAAAUCAUCGCGACACGUGGGCCAAGCUUACUGACGCGGUAUUAUCGCCUGGUCACGUGAUCACGUUGGUCGAGGGGGAAAAAAAAUUUAGCAUCAUGGCGGAGCGCAGGAGACACAAGAAGCGAAUUCAGGAGGUGAGUGAACCAACCAAGGAGGAGAAGGCAGUGGCCAAAUACCUGCGCUUUAACUGCCCUACCAAGUCCACUAACAUGAUGGGCCAUCGAGUCGACUACUUCAUAGCAUCUAAAGCGGUGGACUGUCUGCUCGACUCUAAAUGGGCCAAAUCAAAGAAACCUGAGGAAGCUUUAUUCACCACCAGGGAGUCUGUGGUGGAUUACUGCAACAGGCUCCUGAAGAAGCAAUUCUUCCACCGAGCUUUGAAGGUGAUGAAGAAGAAACCGGAGAAAGACCCAAAGAAGGAGAAGGUGAAAGGUGACGGAGGCAAAGAGGAAGAGAAGAAGAGCAAGAAGGAGAAAGAGAAAGAGAAGGAGAAGGAGAAGAAAAAAGACACUGAGGCCACAGACACCAAGAAGGAAAAGAGCGAUGAAAGUCCAGGAUCCCCGAAGAAGAAGAAAGAGGUUAAGAAGAAGUUUAAACUGGAGCCUCAUGAGGAUCAGCUGUUUCUGGAUGGGAACGAGGUGUAUGUGUGGAUUUAUGACCCGGUCCAUUUUAAAACUUUUGCUAUGGGACUGGUGUUGGUGAUUGCAGUGAUAGCUGCGACACUGUUCCCCCUGUGGCCAGCGGAGAUGAGGGUGGGUGUGUAUUACCUGAGUGUGUGUGCAGGCUGUUUCGUCGCCAGCAUCCUUCUCCUUGCUGUUGCUCGCUGUAUUCUAUUCCUGAUCAUCUGGUUGGUCACUGGGGGGCGCCAUCACUUCUGGUUCCUCCCCAAUCUGACUGCAGAUGUGGGCUUUGUCGACUCAUUCCGUCCCAUUUACACGCACGAGUACAAGGGCCCUAGGACGAGCGGCAAGAAGGGCGCAGGGGAGAAGUCCGAGGGCAAGGGUGCCAAGACGCAGAAAUCAGACAGCGAGGACAAAUCGGAUGGUGAGAAGAAGGAGGAAGAGGAAGAGGAAGUGGAGGAGGAAGAGGAAGAGGAGGCAGGGAAGGAGGUGGAGGCAGAGCGGCGCUCAGAUUCAGACAGUGAGCGCAGAGAGGACGACGGCUCGCAGCACAGCAACGGAAACGACUUCGAGAUGAUCACGCGCGAUGAGCUUGAGCAGCACACCGAUGAGGAGGAAGAGGAAGAAGAGGAGGAGGAGGAGGAGGAGCAAGAGGGAAAAGAGGCGGAGCCCAAACCACACCAGACGUAAACUGUGUAAACAUUCAUGAGAUUCGCCCAUCACAUCGCACAUUGCGAUCUUCCACUACAGAUGCACAUGGGGUCAAAGGUCAACUACGUCAAAAGCUGGAACAUGCCUUCUGGCGGCCAUUUUGGAUUUAUUUUAUUUCCUAGUUAAAAGAAAGAAACAAACACACGUACACACACACUCAAAUACUCAUACAAAUACACACACUGUGUAUGUGUUUACUGGUUGUGUAAUUAGCAUAGACUCUCCUCGUGUGUGUGUGUGUGUGUGUGUGUGUGUUUCAGAUGAUCUAACACACACACCAUACGAUCAUCAUAGGCUGCUGUUCAGUUUGGACCAAUGUUUCUUAUUCUACCGUGUGUCUGUGUGUGUGUGUUGUAAGUGUCUGUCUCACACAUGCAUCUCCAGCAGGUGCUUUGGGGUGAUAACAUGACUAAAGUAAACGUAAUCAUCUUCCAAGUCCCGCCCAUAUUUUUAUUCCACACAGCCGUUACUUAACCACUAGGAUUCCUGCUUGCAUGCUAUUGGUCGAUGUUGGCGCAGCGCGAGAGCUCUGCGGAUGUGGAAAGGGUCCUUCAUUAGUGCCAAAUCUACCAUUUUGGACAUCAUCUCUACACAUCACUACAAAGUAAAUUUUAAAAAAAAGUUCGUACCUGGAACAAAAAGUCCAAACAGUCCCUCACAUCCCCAAUAACAGUUUAGACUGUACCGGUUGCCAUGGCAACUGAUCUGCUGACUUCGUGUGGCUGUGUUCCAAACCACACUUGAUAAUGUUUGAGUGUUCGACACGUUACCACACCUCGCUGAGUGCAACGAGUUAUUUUAAUUUAUUUAGCUAUCGUGAUAGUUUCACUGAUUUUUAUCACAGUUCCUGAUGAUAUAAUGUUGCUCUCUACGUUAAAAGUGGUUUAUCCAUCACUCUUAUUUCCCACACACAUCACUAAAGUAACGUUAGCACGGUAACACACAUUUGGCUAUCAUUUCAACAUAACGACAGCUUUUGGGAAGUUUUACACAGUUUAUUUUCACCUAUUGAUAAUCUUUACUACCUCACCAGCUAAUCUCAGCUCACUAUGCUAACUACCUAACAUUAACCACUAGCUAGCAUUUUUUUAAGCAAUUUUUUAAAAUUCUGAUGAGAAACAGUAGUGGCUUUAUAUCACUUCUAAAGCUCACUAGUAAAAGACAAAUUAAAUAAUGAAUUAAUCAGUGUGUGAUUUAUGUUGCAUGCUCAGCUUCAUACUAGCUUCAGUCUCAGAUUAGAUUAGCAAUGUGAGCUACCUGUACUAGCUACCUACACUCACCAUCGAUCUCUGCUGUUUCUUUCCAAGCUUUAUUUUUCUAAUUGCAGGUAGGAACUAAAGAGAUGUGGGACCACACGCUCCAUAGGAUUUCCUUGGAGGAAUCAUUUGAGACAGUCAUUUGGAUUUGUUGCUUCUUUGCAGCGUCACACCCAAUUUACAUAGAGUUGAGUAAUCUCAUGUCUAAUUUUGCUUUCAGUGAAAUCACUGCUCCGUGAAUUUUAUACAAAUUAAAUGAUAUCCUGUCACUUUGUCAUUCGCUAGCGUCAGAUCAAAUGUGAGUUAACUUAAUUUGAGACAAGUAGCUAGCUAACAUUAACACAAACGCCAACUUGUAGGUAACAUCCCUGGUUUUAAUGAAACAUCUGUAAUUAAGCUCAACAACAAAGCUUUUAGUGAAAGCAUAUGACAGCAACAUGGUGUUGAGUCAUGUGACCUGGUGGACGGUGGAUUGGGACACAGCCAAGACUGGGCUUCAGUUCCGUGUUUAUUUUAUACACAUCAAUAUUUAAAGAUAAAAGUACAACUUAGUUUUUAUGUAUGUAAAUGUGUUUAUCUGAAAAUACCACAUCAUGUAGAUACUCUAGUGAAAGAUUCUGAAUCUCGCACACACACUCGCACACACUUGAUGGAGUGUGGUAUGUGAUUUAAGUGUAUGUGACUCAGUGGCAUAGGUAAAUUAAUGAUCGAGUCCAUGAGCUGUUUCAGCACUUCAUACUAUUUUUGUUUGUCUCAUUUGCAUAUUCAUUUGUAUAUUCAUGUGUUCCGUUCUCUCUGUGACAUGAUGCCCACGUGCCAGCAGGUGUUUUUUUUUUUUUUUUUAAAUCAAUAUUUCCAGAUAGAUAUAAACCUGAGUGUCCGCCUGUUGCGUGUUAAUAAUUAUAAUAAUGUAUUAAUACAUGCAGCAUUGCCUCAUAUUUCUAAAUGUGUAAAAAUAAAAUUUAAAAAAAGUACGAAAAUGUGGAGUGUGUGUGAGGAGUGUCUGACAUGGUCCCUGUAUCACUGUCUCAUCUCUCACUGCAAUAACUGUAUAAAAUAAUAAAACAUAUUUACAAUAGCAGAAGGACUAAACUCCAUGAAUCAUUAUGGCAUCUAAUGAAAUGUGUGCACACAGAAUACAGCAGCACAUCUUUCUCAUCAUUUCCAACAAUGUGAUUCCAAAUGGAGGGAUUUACAAAUGUGUGUAACAGAGCUGGGAUAACAAUAUAAAAUAAAGUUUAUCAGUGAUUAUCCUCUUUUUUUUA